AUGGUGUCGUUGACCAAUCGCUUCCUCCCACUUCUCUUGCUGUCCACCCUCGCCGUGGCUCCUAUAUUCUGCUAUGUCAAUCCUACUCGAGCCACUAAAAUGGCGCACCAAGAUACCACAGGAAUCUCUGGCUAUCUCACUUAUAUUGUCCUCGUCGAACCACCACCCAUGAAAAUCACCGAAGAUGAGCGCCACCAGUGGUACCAGUCGUUCUUGCCGAUCUUAUGUGUCGGCGAAUCUGGCAAGGCACGUCUUGUACACUCCUACACCGAGGUCUUCGAUGGCUUUGCCUCAAGGCUCACCAACGAUGAGCUCGGUGUGGUGGCCAAGAAGCCAGGGUUCGUGCGUGCUUUCCCUGAUAGAAAGCGGCAGCUCAUGACCACGCACACACCGAAGUUCCUCAGGCUAAGGAAUGGUACCGGAUUCUGGAGUGAGGCUCGCUACGGGAAGGGAGUCAUCAUCGGGUUGCUCGACACCGGCAUCCAUGCAACACACCCCUUCAUCGGGCUGCUCGACACCGGCAUCCAUGCAACACACCCUUCCUUCGACGACCAUGGCAUACCGCCAGCCCCGAAAAGGUGGAAGGGUUCAUGCAAAGGCUCCGCAACCCGAUGCAACAACAAGAUCAUUGGUGCCAGAUCAUUUAUUGGAGGCGAUUCUGAAGAUUCUCUGGGCCAUGGAACACACACCUCUUCCACGGCUGCCGGGAAUUUUGUGAGUAAUGCAUCGUUGAAUGGGCUCGGUGUAGGAACCGCCGCCGGGAUUGUGCCCGGUGCACAUAUCUCCAUGCACAAGGUGUGCACUGAUGAUUCCUGUGAAGAUUCAGAUGUAUUAGCCAGCCUCGACAUGGCCAUCAAGGAUGGGGUGGACGUGCUCUCACUUUCCAUUGGCAUGGGCAAUGAUACUUUAGAUAAGAACGUCGUCGCCAUCGGUGCAUUCAGUGCCAUAUCGAAGGGCAUUAUUGUUGUGUGUGCAGGUGGCAACGAAGGCCCUGCUAUGUCCUCGACCACCAAUGAUGCGCCAUGGUUGCUCACGGUCGCCGCCGGCACGGUGGAUCGGAGCUUCAGCGCCGAUGUUCAUCUCAACAACGCCGAUAAAAUCAGCGGAGAAGCACUUAACCAGGUUGCAAAGUUGAGCUCGAUGCCAUACCCUCUCCACCAUGACAAGAAACAACGAAGCUGCAAUUAUGAUAGUUUUGAUGGCCUCGCCGGAAAGAUCCUGGUUUGCGAGUCCAAGGAACCUAUGCCUCAAAUCUACAACAUAACACAUAAUGGCGUGGCCGGUGCGAUAUUGGUAAACACCGUGACCGAUGGAUACACCCUUAUGCUUCAAGACUAUGGCUCUGGUGUGGUGCAGGUGACGGCUGCCGAUGGUCUUUCCAUCCUAAAUUAUGUGACAUCAGUGAGCAAUCCCACUGCCACUUUCACAUACAACAACACAUUUCUUGGUGUCCAUCGAGCCCCGGUUGUCGCAUUGUUCUCUUCCCGGGGUCCAAGCCUUGUCAGCCCCGGCGUGCUCAAGCCGGACAUCAUGGCGCCGGGGCUCAACAUCCUCGCAGCAUGGCCGCCAAAAACGAAGGAUGAGUCGGCGGUUUUCGAUGUCAUUUCUGGCACAUCCAUGGCAACACCGCACGUCAGUGGCGUUGCAGUGCUAAUCAAGGGCAUCCAUCCUGACUGGUCACCGGCAACCAUCAAGUCGGCCAUCUUGAUGACAUCAGAUGCCCUUGACAAUGCCGGCGGACCAAUCAUGGACGAGCAACACCGCAAAGCUAGUGCAUACGCCACUGGUGUCGGCCAUGUCAACGCGGCGCGAGCCGCCGAACCAGGCCUAGUGUAUGACCUAGGCGUUGCCGACUACGCCGGCUACAUCUGUGCACUCCUCGGCGACAAGGCGCUGUCGGUCAUCGUGCGCAACUGGAGCAUGACUCGCAAGAAUCUGCCCAAGGUCUCCGAGGCACAACUAAACUACCCAUCGAUAACAGUGCCGCUGAAGCCGACGCCGUUCACGGUUCACCGAACAGUGACAAACGUCGGUCCAGCAAAGUCGACAUACACAGCGAUGGUGGAGUCGCCGAGCUCAUUGACGGUACGCGUCUCCCUGAAGACGUUGGCGUUCUCCAAGCUCGGAGAGAAGAAGACGUUUAGCGUGUCGGUGAGCGGCCACGGUGUGGACGGACACAAACUCUUUUCCCAGGGGAGCCUCAGCUGGGUGUCGGGGAAGCAUAUCGUGAGAAGCCCGAUUGUCGUCGUUGCUAAACUCGGUGAAUCGCCGCCGAGUGUCUAG